UGUGAAGGGCUAAAGUUUUUAUCAUCUCCUUCUCUCACAAUUUUAGAAAGCUGCAACCUGCAAACAGACCAUUCAACACCAUCCCACCCAACAAGAUGUGCCAAGUGAACAAAAGCCACCGCAAUGGAGCCAUGGUCCAGCUGAAGCCACGCGGCAUCCUCAAGGUCCCGACCCAAGCCGAGUCUCUCUUCUCGUCUGCCGUCCAAGAGGAGAAACCUCUUACCAAGCGCCAAAGCAACGUAACUUUUGAUAUCACUGAGAUUCGAGUCUACCCUCUACUGUUGGACACAAGUUGCGGAGGCCCCGCUCUGACCAUUGGAUGGAAGCCAGUCUCAGGUGAUGUUAUGACCGUGCAAGAGUAUUACUUGGAAAAUUCUACAAACAUGCGACGAAGCAACAAGCUUCGAGGCAUCAAACCCGAAGAUCGCAUCAGUAUGCUCCUCAAUGCCGGAUACGAUAAGGAGGAACUGUAUAACCACGUUCUCACUUUCAAACUCAAGGAAGAGCAAGAAAGGCAACAGUCCAAGACAAUCUAUCGCAAGCUGCGAAAGGCAGCCCUGAAAAUCACUGCACUAAAACUCACUGGUCUCAAUGCUGCUGCAUAAGCAUUCAAAGUUGACUGUCAUCAAAAAGUGGUGCUUCCUCCAGACUUCUCCUCUUUCCCUUCCAACAAGUAGAUUUUUAUGUACACUAAUAAAAUUUUGAGCAAUAGACUUUCAUAUUACUUGAUUCGCUUCACACAAGAAACUAUCGGAUACUCCUAGCUAGCAGACAGGGCACACUAACAUGGUGCCUAUAGCUUCAGAUAUCCAAAAGACCCUGCUCAAAUACG